AUGUUUCACCAGCAUAAUCGGAUGCUAUCGCAUUCACAACUAAUCCUUGCAUCGAGUUCACUUUACUCCAGCCUGGUUCACCACCUUCAGACUCGUAAGCUCAUCUUUGACAAGUUUUUCUACAUGUUGGACAGAUUUUGUGGGCACUUUUGGCUGUCCUUCUGGCUGCACCUUCGCUACCAGCCUCAGCUAAUCGACACUGGCGAGUUGUGCGUUAUUCCAGUAUACUACACGGCUGAGGGGAGUGUCAUUUGA